AUGCAUAAAAAUAUCUCGUACAUAGCAUCAACCGACUCCACCGAGUUGAAGGAGCCGUACCAAUCAAUACCACUGAGAAAUCUUCUGUCGCUUUUGUUCUCAUAUGUAUACGAACAUUCGCGGAAGAUCAUGAAGUCAGAGCGAAAAGUUGAGGACAGCUUCAAGCUUUUGGAGAAGUUUACAUCGGUUGAUAAGGAUCUUGUUUGGACGCAGUCGAAUUGCGACCCGUUUGCUGCUAUUCUAGCUUUGUUGGAAAAAGAGGAGAACUUACCGGAAUGUCCUUCUUCGUGUCGUUGUGGCCAACGGCCCUAUCCCCAUGAGAUUGCUACUACAUCUAAGUCGUCUUCUCACCAUUUUGAGCCGAAUACAUUUUUCGACGUGAGAGUUCGUUAUGGACAUUUGAUCAUGCUGGUGUUUCGCGAGAUAGCACAUGGAUUGACAUCCGCAAAUGAAAGUGAAUCUUUGGAAAAAUCUAUGGAAACCCCUGUUGUUUCGCUGAAAAAUUCUGCACUAUUAUCAUCUGCUUUUCAAUUUUUCAUUCUUACAUGCGUGUCGCCUUACCUUGAUCAAGGUGUCGGUAUUCCAUUACAGUUGCGAUCGCAUGUAAUCAGAUCCUGGGAGAAAUGUGCAAGCGAUCAAGAAUUCAAGAGGGCCCAACUUAUUCUUGCUGGUGAAUGCAUAACGGAUCUUCUUGACUGUGACGAUAACGUUCGUACAACACUGCUUAGAAAAUACUGCUCGGAUAUUGUAUGCGUUUUCGAGCAGUUGUUGUUAUUGGAUGAUACCAGCUUGUCUAAGAUUUAUGAGAGAAUCAUGGGGUUGCUUGACCCACAGCUUUUGGUCUGCACUUACCUGGGUUUGCUGAAGCCGAGAGGUGGCGUAUCGCCUCCAAAGAACUUCGUAUUGUCCAUCGGUUCGCGUCUUACAAACAUUUUGAUGGCGAAAGGUGGUCUCGGAGUUACACUGUCAUCGUAUGAAGAAAUCAAUGGCGAACAUUUUUGGCAAAACACUCCAUUUUUGACGAGUCUUGCGAAGCAGUUUGCGCUCCCUCCAAAGAAAAGCAAGAAGAUGUCUUAUUAUAGGAACAUGACUGCUCAGUUUAUUGAACUUAUCACUACUGCUAAGUUCUCCCGCACGAAAGUUGCUGCUUUGUUCUCCAUGUUCGUCGAGGAAAUGCGGAGUAGGGAGCCCGUUGCUGCUGAUAUAUUCGUUGAUGAUACUUUGUUUAAAGUGUGGGAGGCAUUGCCAUCUUUGCCACAUCCUGCGUGGACCAACGAUCAUGCUACUUCUCUCAUUCUGCUGCGCCUAUGGAGUGAUGGAAAUGCGAGUGCGCGCAAUUUGAAGGCAAAUCAACGUUUUUUGCCCUGCGUUGCCGUUCUUCUGUCUUUGCUGUCAGUUUCUGAUGUCGACAAGAAAACUUCCCUUACUAGCGUCGUCGAUGAUAUCUUUGCCAUAUGCAGAUCUGCACUGAAGGAUGUUGAAAACCUGUCUGACCUUCUGCUUAGCUUUAUCAGUGAUCCUUCACCUUCUUUUGAGAUUACGCAGCAGCGAAGCCUUGUACAAGAAGUUGAUAUGAAAAUCUCUUUGUACGGAAAUGUGGCAUUGUCUCGAGCUGUACUUAACAGAGAACAAUUGCUUGCGAGAAGAAUCGAUUCGUGCUUGUCUUUUGUAAAAAGCUUGGAUAAGCCACUCUCCAGUCACCUACUAGUUGAAAUUGCUUGUAAAUGUGUUCAACGUUGGAGCAUUGAUGUCAACGUGCCUCGUUUUAUCCGGGACCUCUCGGCAACCAGUGUGCUGCCUCAGUCCUCUUGGCACUUCAUAGCUGGUGUAUUCUUCGAGCAGAUACAGGACAGCGAUAUAGAUUGCGCUGAUAGGAAUACAGUCAUAUCUCUACUCAGACUAUCUCAGGAAAUUAUACGCUCUACAAUGCAGUAUCUUCAAGAGCGCAGUAAAAAAUUGAGUUCUCUGGAUAUCAUUGCUGUUGAGAGUGAAGAAGAUCGUCAGCUUCACGUAACAGAGUUGCAAAACGCAAAAAUGGCUGUUGGACUGGCUGGAGCAGUUGUCGUGACAGCCUCAUUGGAUGAAGAGAUCUCCUCUGAACUCUCUAAAACUUGCGCGGUCAUGUCGUCGUUUUCUAAGCUGGUGAACGAUUUGAAGUGCAGCGACGAAGAUGUGUUGGUCAUAGGGUCAGAUGCGCAAAAGUUGGCCAGCUUGUUUGAGAAGGAGCAAUCAUCAACUGAGGUUACACACUCUGUCACGAGUAAAAAGGAGUCCGCUGUGGAUGUGGUGGAAAGUAUGCGAGAACGUAUAACACAAGAUUCUCCUGUAGAUCGUGGUGGAGCUCUUCUUGACGUAGGUCGCUUGAUACGAUCGCGAAGUCCCACUAUAUUGUUGCAGCUCGAAGAAUGGCUGUUUGAAGCGAUGAAAGGAGCUCUCUUUGAUCACGACUCUUAUGUGUAUUUGGCUGCUAUUAAUGCGCUUGCCGAGGCAUCCUGUUACAGUUCAAAGUAUCUGCGCGAAAUGAUCUCCCUGUUCAAAGAUUUCCAAGUUCCUUCAACUUCUUCUGCUCCGCAGGCUGAUCCCAUACAAGAGUCUGAUGCAGUUAACGGAGAAAAUCCUGUCAGCGUCGAAGUUGUCGUCCGAUCAAGACUCUGCGAAGCGAUUGGAAAAGUAUUCAAAGAGCUAGGAGAAAUGGGCCCGGUUUGGAUGGACGAAUGUGCUGGCGAUUUCUUAGCUUGCUUUUCCGAAGACGAUGAGAUCCUUAGGGCUAGCUCAGUACAGUCCUUAGCUGAACUCGUCCUAGCUUGCCGAGGCAAAAAUAUAGAGAAAUAUCUAAACGAAAUACUUCUUCUCGUCGAAAACGCGCUUACAUCUGAAUCUAGUGCCUUAGUAAGGCGUGCAGCAGUGAAUCUUCUUCGUCAAAUUAUCAAAUCAUGCGACACCAUGAUUUUUGAGGUUAUUGGCUCCCGGUUACGAGAUUUGCAUCGGCAAAUUCUACACCUAUGGCGCUUUGACCCUGAUCAUGUCGAUUGGUUGAUGAAUAAAGUGGACGUGGCAGCAAUUGCAGCUACUGUGCAAGAAUUUUAUCAGACAAAUAAUGCUGAGCGUCGAAAGCAGUUGGAUGAGGAUCUUUGUCAAUUUAAAGAUAGGUUCUCCUGCGAUGAUACGGUAGCCGCCUGUAUCUUGUUAAUGGGUGGUCGAUAUCCGGCAAAUGUGCAAUAUUUUGGAGCUAUAUCUCUGUAUGAGACCAUCAGACAGCGAUAUGAGGAAUGCGUGGCAAAUAUUGCUCUUAUGGAAGUGCUGAAAUCGUUUCUUAUUGAAAACCUCACUUCGAGUGCUCAUGUCCAGCUGCAAUCCAUCACAAAUAAACUGUCAUCUGCAUUAGCAAUACUGUCUCUCUACUGUAUCCCGGAUGUUUGGCCUGAUCCUGUGGCAACUCUCACAAAUAUCUGGGCAGCCCAACCGGAACUGCUACUAAGGGUACUUGCCGAGAUUGCUGCUGAAUUUUCAAACAUCAAAAUGCCACUUACUCAACGAAGCAAAUUGAAAACUGAACUGCACAGAACUUCCGAGGACAUCAUUCGCAUCAUUUCUACUGUCAUGGGGGCUGAAGAUGCUUCCCCUUCCACCCGACAAGCUGCUGUUGAGUGUGUCGAACAGUGGAUCAAAUUGCCCGGGGUUGGGUUGCAACAGUGGGCUUCUGUUCUAUCCGUAGUUUUUGGAGCAGUUGCCGAAGACAGUGCCGCACUAACAAAUCUGCUCAACAUCCUUGCGGCUAAUGAUGAAUUAGCAUCCACUGAUCAGCUGGUCAAUGAUUUAUGCCACUAUAUCACCACCACUGUUGCUCAGAAGUUGUCGACAGACAUCGCUGACGAUGUUGACAGUGAUGAAUUCGUGUCUCUCGUCUCCGCCAUCUGUACCGUCGCAGUCACUGCUAUCCCUACGCUUCUAAAAAAUGCCAAGAAAAAUGGGCCAGAGUUGCUUUGUGAACUCUGUUCGCUCCUGGCCAGUAUCAGCUCCUGCGAUGGUUUCUACGCCGUAGAUGAACUGAUUUCGGACAUGCCUGCACCCUUUUUCACAACUCUUCGAGAACAUAUCGGCUCAAUUGCUUCAUGUAGCAGGCAGGACAACACUCUUAAUGUUGCAACAGCUGUAAGUUCUUAUUAUGCGGAAGUCUGUCGAACCGCAGUGGCGAAGAUGUCGUUCCCACCAGACGAAUGCUUCAAGCAAUACGACAAAGUGCAAAGGGAGCAAUUUUGCAGAUACCGGUUAGCGAGGAGUGAAAUAUCGAUAGAUGCAUAUUUUAUGACUGGUAGAGAGACGUUACAAUUUUUGAAUCAGGAGUUGGAGCAGUCUAUAGCCAAGAGAGAUUUGUGCAGGAUAGAAGCUAUUAUGUACCUCUGGGAAAACGUGGCGGAUUAUCUGAGCGAAGCAGAUUAUGCCGAAAUUUGCUUCAAUCUCGAACUAUGCACCCGACUGUCAGGAAUAGGUGAAGGAGUGGACGCAGAUAGACUAGCGAACACUAUAAUGCGACAUCUUCAUGCGCUUUCACAUCUCAUACAGGAGCACGAUAACGCCGCUGAAUUCGAAGGUCAUGUUGUAUGCUUGGUUCUUCCAUUUGUUGCACGGAAAGGGGUUAGCAUAGAGGCACUUCGUACCCUUGACAAGUUUGUCUCAGAGCGGUCUAAUGGGAUUAAGCGCGUGGACAAUGAAAUAUCCCAAUGUUGUUAUUCUUUCUUCAUGGAUGAAACAAACAACCAAGAUUUGCGUUUACAAGCACUCAAAUGCAUUGGUUAUGUUCUGUCAACGAAGUCGCAAAGUGAUGUCAUGAAUAUUCUGAACAAUGUCGUAUCACAUCAUCUACAAGGAAUGGAGAAUGGGGAUGCUGUCCUUUCACAGGGCAAAAUAGAAGAAAUAAAGUUUCAAAUCAGCAUCUUCAUGUGCUUGUUCAGUAGCUUGAACAGCAAAGAAACCGCACGUUCCGAUGAGUCUCCGAUUGUGUUAAUUUUUCGACAAGUAUUCCCAGUUUUCCGGAAUUUCCUCGAAUUGAACGAAUUACCCACUGCUGUCGGUGACAAGGUUUGCGAUGCUGUACGCAGUGCUGUCUCAAAUUUUCCUGCGGAGCAUCUGCCUGAAAUGCUGCCCAUGGUCUCCGAACUGCUUUCUAGAGCUCUUUUCACAAAUCCUUCUGCUGGAUGUACACUGGCAAAAACUGUAGUGUUGGUGUUCGGACACAACGCUUCUACUACUCCACCAUUGUGUAAGUGCAUUCGGGAAUGGUUGGAGUCCUUUGCGCAAACCUUGCCAUCUCAAUCUGUAGAGGAGUGGUUAUCAUUGAUAUACCAGAUUAUGAAGAAGAACUAUAAAAUGUUGCGAGCAAACGGCGAGGAAUCACUAUCUUCCAUUUCAAGUGCAAUACUGAUCGCGGGACAGACUUUGGCCGAUUCUCGGGAGCCAUGUGUUGUUCGCUUGGCAUCGCAGGUACUAGCGAUCAUAGCAACUCAGUGCACUUCAUACGGUGAUGAAGCUCCAAGACUUUUGCUAGCAAGGCAUGGACCAGAACUUGUCAAGACUAUAUUCAUACGUAUACAGACGGAACUUAUUCGUGCAACGGUUGAAUCCCUCGCGGAGGUGCUAUAUUUCUUUGCGAAAGAAUUUUCUGCUGAGACGAGAACUGUUCUAAACGGGAUGGAAAACGGUGACUCUCCUCUAGUAGCUGCAAUGUUCAGAGAGAUCGGAAAUUUACGUAAUUUCAAGCAGAUGACUUUGAGGCUCAAUAUGGCUUCAUUGAAAGACAUGCGCUCGUAGAUGACUCAUAGAACUCGUACAAUUUGUGGGUUUCUUGCUGCUUUUAUUCUCUCUUCACUUUUCAGUUGGAUGUUGCUACACUUCUUAUAUGCAGAAACUUUUUGUUAUUACUAGUACGAAUGGCAUUUUUUCUUUUACGUCCAAAAGUCGUUGUUCCUUGUAUAAAGCUAGCCUUCAGUGCAGAAAAGUUAUCGUUAGGUCAAGUUCAAAGUGUGUGGAGAUAAGGCAGUCUGCUCGCAUAAAUUUUGUCCAAAAAACCCUCUGAUUCAUGCAACUAGGCUGCAUAGUCUCCAACAAACUUUAUGAGUGGAAGCCGACGAUAACUUCUCACUCUGCAAAGCUCAACUUGAAAGCAAAGAGUUUAGAGCUAGCUGUUUAAGUCUUUCAUCAUAGAACGAGUGGUUAUCGCUCACUGAAAUAUAUGCAUCAGUGUUGUGUUCGCUUGAGUAGUAAAAAAGACUGCAGCUUUCUAGUUAUUUCAGGUCUCCAUUCUUACUCUUUAGUUGUUCGUCAUUGCACCCAGUCUAUACGUUUUGAUUGUCUAAUUUAAUUACGUUGUAAUCUUCGCAUGCGAUAUUUGGCCAUACUGUUUUCAUUACUAUGUGUCUGCUAGUUCCGUAUACUCUAGUGCCGUUUACGGGUGAGAUUGUGCGC